AUGGCAGCGCAGUUCUUCCGUUCUCUGACGUCGCCUACAUACGCGCGACUUUCUACCGCGGAACAUGGCGCCAACUCACCUGAUGGUGGUCUAGGAAGCAGUCCCCGUCUGGCCGCGCUUCUUGCCUCGAAACGCUUUCGCUGGGUUGCCUGCCUGAUCAUCUUGACCACCUUCGUUUUAUUCGGUCUGCAGGGCCAUGAUCACUUCGCCGGUUCGGCGCCAGCACAAGAGGCGGGACAACCAAGCGUUCCGGAGUCCUCGUCAUCAAAAGCCCCCGGCCACGACCAUGACUGGUCGCGCUUCGCAUACACCCAAUAUGUGACGAACAGCGAGUACCUCUGCAACUCCGUUAUGCUGUUUGAGAGCCUCGCCAGGCUACAGAGCAAAGCAGAUCGCGUCAUGAUGUACCCCGGGCGCAUGCUGGAGCCCACGGCAUCCGAGAGCGCUACGCUCGACGGCCGUCUUCUCAUCAAGGCACGUGAACAGUACGGCGUCAAGCUGGUGCCGAUUGAGGUUCAGCAUAGAACCGGGAAAGAUUCGACAUGGGCGGAUUCCUUUACGAAGCUCCUAGCCUUCAACCAGACCAACUACGAUCGCGUCCUCUCGCUCGACUCGGAUUCCGUCGUAGUCCAGAAUAUGGACGAACUCUUCCUGCUCCCGCCCUGCCCCGUCGCCAUGCCCCGCGCCUACUGGCUCUUCCCCGAGAAACCCAUCCUCUCCUCCCAGUUACUACUCGCCACCCCCUCGGCGACCGAAUUCGCCCGCGUCCAGGACCGCGUCAACGCUGCUGGGCCAGAUGACUACGACAUGGAAAUCGUCAACUACCUUUACAAGGACACGGCCCUUGUCAUACCCCACCGUCCGUAUGACCUGUUAACGUCAGAGUUCCGCGCGACGACGCACGAGAUGUACCUCGGCUCCAAGGAGGAGGUGUGGGAUCCGGUGGCCGUCUUCAACGAGGCCAAGUUUCUGCAUUUCUCGGACUGGCCUGUCCCCAAGCCAUGGCUGCCGACGCCCGAAAACCUGCUGAACGAGAAGCAGCCUAAGUGUGUCAAGAAAGACGAUGGAAGCGAGGAUUGCACGGCUCGAACGAUCUGGAACCGUAUCUAUGCCGAGUUCAGGGAGAGAAGAAAGCACCAUGACUCGUCACGGCUCGUCUCCACACAUUGGACAUUUUGCAGUCCCUCUGCCGUCUUCAGUGGCGCAAUGGCCGGUGUCACUUGCGCUGAGUGA